AUGGCAUCUCAUUCAGCUUUAUGGAGGGCUAGUGUCCUGUUUAAAGCAAGUACGAAUCUUUCGAGUGUGGUUCGAUAUUCCACAAAUACAAAUGAAUUGCCUUUCCGCGAAAUGGUCGGCUUCUUUUAUGACCAUGCUGCAACACACAUCCAGGAAAAGCUGAUCGUUGAACUUCCAUGGAAGGGUCCAUCGGAUUUAAAGGAGAAGUAUGUGAAAGGGCUCUUGGCUUCGAUUAAGCCGUGCAACAACGUUUUUGAACUCUCCUUUCCCUUCAAACGUGAUGAUGGCACAUAUGAAAUGAUUCAAGGUUGGAGAGCGCAGCAUAGUCAUCACAGAACCCCCUGCAAAGGAGGUAUUCGCUACAGUCAGGAUUGUGAUAGGGGUGAGGUCAUGGCUCUCGCUUCUCUGAUGACUUUCAAAUGUGCCGUCGUCGACGUACCCUUUGGUGGUGCGAAGGCUGGACUCCGAAUUGAUCCGAAAAAGUAUUCAGUCUGCGAGCUAGAAAAAAUUACUCGACGUUUCACUCUAGAGCUUGCAAAAAAAGGCUUUCUUGGUCCUUCAUGUGAUGUUCCUGCCCCAGAUAUGGGUACCGGAGAACGUGAAAUGGCAUGGAUCUCGGAUACCUACAUAAAUACUCUCGGUCACUUUGACAUCAAUGCAAGAGCCUGCGUGACGGGAAAACCCAUCGGUCAGGGGGGAAUUCACGGACGAAUUUCAGCAACUGGCCGAGGUGUAUUCCACAGCUUGGAGAACUUCAUAAAUAAUGAGAAGUACGCUAGUAUGUGUGGUCUCACCACCGGCAUCAGAGGAAAGACUGCCAUUAUCCAAGGCCUUGGCAACGUCGGCUUGCACACUAUGCGCUACCUCAAUCGAGCUGGCGCCAAGGUUAUCGGCAUUAUUGAGCGUGACGGUAGCAUUUACAACUCAAACGGCAUCGACCCACGGCAGCUUGAAGAUUACAAAAUCGCUUACGGAACAAUUGUCGGCUUCCCCGCUGCGGAGCCCUAUACCAAGGACUCGCUGCUCUUCGAGAAGUGCGACAUUCUGGUGCCUGCUGCCAGUGAACGCCAAAUCACCCUGGCCAAUGCCGACCGCAUCCAGGCAAAGCUUCUGCGCGACAGGAAGGUGCUUGUGAUACCCGACCUGCUGGCCAACGCUGGCGGCGUAACUGUCUCCUAUUUUGAGUGGCUAAAGAACAUGAACCAUGUCAGCUAUGGCCGUCUUACCUUUAAGUACGAGAAGGAUUCCAAUUUCCUGCUACUUGACAGCGUUGGGAAGUCUUUGGAAAAAAAACUCGGCUCCCCGGUCCCAAUAACUCCAACUGAGGAAUUCCGUCUGCGAAUUGCCGGUGCUUCCGAACGCGACAUUGUCCAUUCCGGCCUGGAAUACAGUAUGGAGAGAGCAACUAGGAAUACCAUGAAAAUUGCGGAACGCUACAACCUCGGCCUCGAUUUCCGCACGGCCUCCUACAUCAUGGCCAUCGAGAAAAUCUUCUUUGUCCUUCAUGGUUCAGGGCUACUUUUUGGUUGA